ACCAUAUGUAGAAUGUUCGUCUGAGCGGAGCGAAGCGAAGUGUACGCGACUCAUCGGAUCGAAGCCAAAACGUGAACGCCGAACGCCGUGUUUGCAAGUCGUGUCAGUCUCUGCUGUGUUGUAUCGGCGCGAGCUUGUCGUGUGAUUCGUGUGGAAGUCGGCGACGACAAAAAGAGUUCACAGGUUUUUUUUUGGAGAGUUGCCGGGUGACAGCCGAAAUUUGAAGGACGUCGUUUGUCCACAGGGAGCGGAAAGUUGACCGAACCGGUGACGGAAUCCGGUGCUGGUACGAGGAAAAAACCAGAUUUGCGAAAGUGCCAACUUCCAGCAACGCUGGAGAACGAGUGAGCCGCAACAAGUGUCGAGCGUGUGCAGAACAUCUGCGCUGAACAACAGCAAGUGUGCAGAGCUGAGACUGCAGCGGUCAGUCGGAAUCAACGAACUAGCGGAUCAACAUCUGGAAGUCGUCAACGACCUGUGUACGCGGUCGUAACAAGUGGAAGUCAAGUCGACAUUGUAACAGCGGAGCCGUGCGUGAUUCUUCACACCCGGAUAAAAUAAGAUCACGCGGAUUCCACCCAUAGCAGGAACAUCAAGACAACGGAGAGUGCCGCCAACCGAGCCGAUCUACGGCGACCAAAUCAAAAGAUAAAAAUAAUCUCGAAAAGGGGAUCAAAACAUUAGAAAGACAACACACGCCACAUGCGAGCCGCGAGUCAGUCCCAAAAAAAGAAGGAGCUGUUUGCCGAGAAGUGCUGAUUUACAGCGAAGACCGGGAUCGCCGAGGGAACGAGAUCGUCGUGGGACAACGUGGGACGCGUGCGCUGAGUGACCUGAUUAAUGCUGCCGUGAGUGACGCUGCCCCUGCAGAAGCCGCUACCGUGAAGUGUUCGUGUACCGUCCAGCGUUCAUCCACCUGUCAAAACACACACCGUAAGAGAGUGAGUUACCGUCCUCCCGCAGAUCCCAAAAUACACAUUGGCCCGCAGUUCACUCGGGGUCGCGGAAUUUUACGGGUGCGAAUUUUCCUCGUGCGGGAGGAUUUUCCGGUGUUUUUGACGGUUCGCGAGUGACGUGACGUGAGUGCGUGUGUGACACGGCCCUUUCCCGGAAGACAAACAGUGAAGACAACAACAAACCCGGUGUCGGAACGCCGGCAGUGUGUGAAGUCGCGAAGAAUUGCUAGAAGAGGUUUAAUUUUCAAGUGUUCCGGAACGUAUCAGCUGUGCUGACCGGAUUAACCCGCGCCGUACCGGUGGACAACCCGCGAGCCGUGAAUCUUCCUCUGGUGCCGGUCCCCAGAAAAGCCGCAAAAAUUUGGGAGAUAAUGGAUCCGAAUGCAGCGCGUGACUCGCGCUACAAUCUGAACUACAGCAUGAGCAUGAUGAGCGAAACGCCGGAGAUCUACGGAAAUCCGAACGUUUCGCUCGCCCGCCCCCCGAGUGGCGGCCUGGUCGGCCAGGUCAUGUCCCGCGGUGGUCAGCUAAUGUCCGCGAACGGACCACAGUGCGGUAGUGGUGCCGGUGGUGGCGGAGGCGGCGGCGGUGGUGGACUGUCCGGCGGCCGUGGCAUCAAGCGGGCCAACUCGGACUGCUACGAUGACGGCCGGCAGCUGGUCGGGUCACAGUCCGGCGGUAUGACCGGGCUCGAGGGCUGCCAGGUCGGCGGCUCGGACGUCGUCGAUGAGAGCUACACCUCGCUGCAGCCGAAGAAGUCACCACCGAGCAACGGGAAGAAAACCAAGGGCCGUGUCAAGAUCAAGAUGGAGUACAUUGAUAACAAACUGCGACGGUACACGACCUUCUCGAAGCGCAAAACCGGAAUCAUGAAGAAGGCAUACGAACUCUCGACGCUCACCGGCACGCAGGUGAUGCUCCUGGUGGCGUCCGAGACCGGUCACGUGUACACGUUCGCGACGCGCAAGCUCCAGCCGAUGAUCACGUCGGAGGCGGGCAAAGCGCUCAUCCAGACCUGCCUGAACUCGCCCGACCCGCCCACUGGCAGCACCGGUGACCAGCGGAUGUCGGCGACGGGCUUCGAGGAGACGGAACUGAGCUACAACAUCGGCGACGAAGAUUCGAAAGAUGACCGUUCUCCGAUGUCCUCCGGUAGCGAUACCGACGACUACUCGCCUCCAGACUCACCUGGACCUAGCUGUAGUAAUAGUAACAUACCUAACGAACCAAUCCUUCAUAGUAAUAAUCACAGUGUUAGUAUAGCGCCGCUAACGUCGUCUUCUAGUACGUCAACUUCAACGGCAGCAAGGGCAUCGGCAUCAUCGGUGGUGGCAUCGGUUGGCAACGGAGCAGGAUCGGGAUCGGGACUUGGAGCGACCAUUCAGCAGCAAAUCAAACAGCAUCAGGCUCUCCAGCAACAGAUCCAACAACAACAAUCUUCGACAUCGGCCCAUCAACAACAGCAAGCGACACAACAACAAGUGACCAGCAAUGUUAUUUACCCGGCAGCGGCCUUAGCUAAUCUACCUCAGGACGUGCUGAUGAGCCUGCUGCAGACCGGACAAAUUCAGCUGCAUAAUGAGGAUGGCGUCCAGCAGUACAUCACCAUCCCCCUCUCGCUGAUGUCCACCCUCAACAACGCGUCCAAGCCCGAUCCAAAGAACAACUCAAACUCAAACGGAAGUGCCAACCAACAAUCAGCCAACGCCAAGCCAAAUUCUGCCACCACCAACCGAUCCUCCCCAUCGUCAUCGUCCUCCUCGCGGAAGUCAUCUUCGGCUUCCUCGAAGGAAAUCACCAUCAAAACGGAAGUCAAUGAUUAAAGUGUUGAGCUUUGUUUUAAGUUAUUUCGAUUUGUGCUUUUACAUUAUUUUUCGCUAAAUUUAGGAUUUUUUUCAAGCAAACUGCCAAAAAUAAUUAGACAACAUGGCUUCCACCUAAUCAUGUAACCAAAAUUUGUUGAAACCACCCUGCCAAACCCAACUCUGUACGCCCGGGAAGUAGUUCUGAACAUGUGACGUCUGUGUCGAUCAAUAACCCUACCAAAUAAGCUCAUAUUUUUCUAUAAAACCAAACUAACUCAUUCAAGCAAGAAAAAUAUCGCUUUUCUAGAAUUUAAGGGAAAGAGUACAACCAAUCACGGACAGGCAAAAGGUACUUAACGAAUUUGGCAUUGAGACGCACUGAGAGAAAACGUGAAUUUAGACGCAUUCAAAAUCAUAAACUCAUUUUAUAAUAAAUUUUAGAGUGAAAUCAAAAACUCUUAUUCUAGCUUAUUGCGCGUUGAAAUUUAAGCGGUUGUCAGUUUGAAGUUGACCCUAGGUUAAGUCCUAAUUAAUACUUUUAGUAUAAUGAAAUUUGAACAGUUUGCGGAAGCGACUCUGCGAACCAACAACCAGAUAUUCAUUCUUUAUUUUUAGCUAAUUCUUCGAUCUACACUACUUUUAGCAUUAAGUGAAGAACCCAAAUACACCAUUUCGUUUGUAACUUUUUCUGAAAAUCUUCUCUUUCAAUUACUUCUUAUAUUUUAAUUGUUAGCUACAUUACCUUUUAUCCCCCACAAUCUUUAAAUCUAGUGUUACUUUUCAAUUAACUAUUUAUUGUAACAUUCGACGGAAGCGUUCGUAAUAAAGGAAUUUCAAAAAUGGAA